UUAGAAAAUAGCUAGUGGCCUAUGAUAGAUUUAAGGUAAUAGUACAGUUUUUUGAAUUAGAUGCGGUAAGUACGCCACUUAUCCAGACGUUACCAUCAACUACAACAAAAGUGUCCGAGACCAUGUACGCAUAAUUCUCUGAUACUUAAGAGCAAUUUUUGAAUAUUGACAUAUUAUUUCUAGCGUAAUUUCAUCAACAGCGAUCGUCACUACCACAGAAAAGGCUACCAGCAGUACAUCGACUAAGGUCACAGCAACACAUAUAAUUACAGCAGCAACAUCAUCCACUCAGCCAGUGGUAAUGAAUAUAAGCUUAACUCAACAGUUUGUAAGACAGAUAAAAUAUUUGCAAUAUCUAGAUGAUCUAAACUAAACAUUAUAAUAGCUUUAUGAAACAACAUUUGUAUACUUCGGUUUUAUAGUGAUUGCCUAGGUUCCUCGAACAUAUAUCCAAUAGACGCAUUAAACUAACAGGUUAUUAUCCUCGAUCUGAUGGGGUCCUGCCAUUGUGUGGCAUCGCUACUAAUAUUAUUCGCUCAUAUUUUAGCGGACAAUGGUUCCGUUGUGAGUACCCAAAUAUUUAGAUAAUUAAUAAGGGUAGCAUCUGACCAAAAAUUUAGGAUUAUUUAUUUAUGCCUGCUUGGAAACGAACUUCGAUUUUAUGACCAGAUGUACCAGGCAUAAAGUAAUAGUAAUAGUUAUUUUGUUUCCAUAUUUCCAUAGUUUCUCAUAUCUCCUCUACUACGCUCUCAGUCAUCACGACUGCUUUCCUUCCAAAGUCGGAUCACCAGGACAUUUAGAUGACGUUCAAGGGCUGAGAGAAAAGACAUCGAAAGAUAGUCCCAAGGCUGUAGAGCGUAGUAAAAGCUGAUCUAAGAGUCCUAGACUUGAGCUGUUCUAUAACUAAGAAGCGAAAGUAUACCGAGUCUAAACAAGGGCAGGUAUAGUAGAACACCACAUGAAUACAGCAAAAUGGCUUCAUUUUGCUUCUGGCAGAAUUAUAGCGAUAUGUAAGAUGUAUCCUCGUCAACUGAUCGUUUUUUGAAGAUAUUCGAUUAUGCGGCUAGUCACUGAGACAUCAUACGUUUACACAAAAUAAAGCUUUCUAACUUGACUGGGCGGAAGUGACCCAGAAUGGUUAACUCACGUUAAGCAAAAUGAGAGAUAAUUGCAUUCGAACAAGAUAGAGAUUUCUGCUUUGGUUGUUAUCUUAUUCUAGACGACAGUUUAUACUUCCGUCAUACUAUCAUCGACAUUGGCAUCAACUACUACUACAGUCAAACUUUUGAUUAAUCCGUUAAUACAUUGUGAUUUUGACGAUGAUGAUCAUCAAUGUUUUACAGAAUCUGCAGAUAUCAUAUUUACUAAUGGUGCAAUAUUCGCUGUCAAUAAUAAUUCAAUACGCGCACCAACAUCGGAUGUAGCAUCAAUAAAUGAUAACGAUGAACAAUGUCUACAAUAUUAUUAUUGUUUUACAAAUGAUAAGGCUUAUGGACAACGUAUUGAAGUUAUUGUUCAACCGAGUGAUGUGACAAUGAAUAAUAAAACAAUUGAUGAAGUAACAUUUACUGAUAUCAAAAGUAAUCGAUGGUAUUCUAGAAAUAUAACAUUUAGUUUGAGAACAACUAAUUAUACCAUUUAUUUCCAUUUUAAUGUCCGAAAUGAAAGUACUACUGGAACCAUAUAUUUUCCUAUCGAUGAAUUUAAGGGUUCCGAUUUUCGAAUUGAAAGUAAUAUAUCAAAAAAGUAUCGAGAUGAUGAGCCUCCAACUGGAUUCGGUCACUAUUUGUUCGCUGCUGUUAUCAUGAAUCAUCCAUCAAUUGAAUAUUUUCGUCAUACUGGUACAACUAAUCGUGGUACGAAUCUGAGUAAUACCGAACUUGCUCAAUAUGUUCCUGAUGCUCGAAUUCUCACUCGUUCGUUUCUUUCAACAUCAAAACGUAUUGACGCGGCUUUUCUCUAUCUUCAGUUCGACAAUCCAAUUCUUCGACCAGUCUUAUGUGUCUACAGAAUAAUCCAGCGUCAUGCUGGUCUUGCUAUCAGUAAGUUAAGUGCUGUUCAAGAUGAAAAUGAAGUACUCAUAGUACCUUUUGUUGCUUUCCGCAUCGUCAAAGUCGAUUUGAACCGUUUGAACAUUUCUAGCAAUCGUAAAGCGUCUGUAAUUUUUCUCGACAAAAUCACAGUACGCGAUCAAAAGGAAUCAAUGGCAUAUCGCAGCCCAGAUUCCUGA